AGAGAGAGAGAGAGAGAGAUAGACAGACUCCUGUUGCUGCGGCGCCUCACUGUGGGAUCUGCCGUCGACCUUUCCGACUGUAGGCUACACAUGAACGCAGAAAGCUUUUUUUACGCUUUUACUCGAUAUGUGCGACCCGGGGGUUUGGCGGAGUGAGCCAGCAAAGCGUCUGCUCUGUGUCUAGAGGGGGAAACCACGCUUGUCGUUGCUGGGAUUAUUUUUGACACAAGUUGGCUACGAAGUCGUUUGCGGGGAAAGUGUGAAACAAGUGUAAGAAAGAAAGCAACAGAUGUUUUUGGUGGAUAUGCGGCCGACUGAGGAAUGAGAGCAGCAGCGAGGCACCGGCGGCCCUUCCAGCGGUUAUGCUGCUGUGGAGUCGGGCUGGUCGCAGUCAUUUGGCUCGCACAGGUCAUCCAGGCACCAGAGACCGAGUCUUCUGGGUUUCGGCCAGGUGUGAACAGUGGGGAGCUGCGAUGGACUCGUCGGCUGAUGCAGGAGAAUUCAGACAAUCAGAGCAUAGAUCAGCCCCGAGCAGCCAUCCAUGAGUUUCCACAGGACAUCUUUACCAAGGAGCAGAGGAAGAAGGGGGCCGUAUGUCUGCAUGCACUCUGUGCCAUCUACAUGUUCUAUGCUUUGGCCAUCGUCUGUGACGACUACUUUGUCCCCUCUCUUGAAAAAAUAUCUGAGAACCUGCAGCUCAGUGAAGAUGUGGCCGGGGCGACGUUUAUGGCUGCAGGAAGCUCUGCUCCAGAGCUUUUCACCUCUCUCAUUGGUGUUUUCAUCACCAAAGGAGAUGUUGGAGUGGGCACAAUUGUCGGCUCCGCCGUCUUCAACAUCCUGGUCAUCAUUGGCCUCAGUGGGAUCUUUGCAGGCCAGACAGUGGUUCUGACGUGGUGGCCCCUUUUUAGAGAUUCUUCCUACUACAUCCUUGCAGUGCUGACUCUCAUUAUGGUUAUCUAUGAUGCCACAGUUGUCUGGUGGGAGUCCCUGCUCCUUAUGACCAUGUAUGGAAUCUACAUUAUAAUCAUGAAGUUCAACUCCCAGCUUCUGGCGUUUGUGACACGUCAGCUCAGGAGCUCCGGGCCGUGCUGCCUCGGAUCAGAGAACGACAAGAUGGGAGAGGAUGCGUCUGCUUGCAACACCUCCCUGGUGCUUCUCAAUAAAGGCCAAGCCCAUCAUCAGGAGGCUUCUCCUGUCAUCAUGGUGGAUGAGCUUCUCAUUCUCAACCCCCACAAACUGUCCUUCUCUGAUGCUGGCCUGCGUGUUAUGAUCACCCCCCACUUCUCCCCCCGCACCAGGCUCUCCAUGGCAGGACGCAUGCUCAUCAGUGAGAGACAGAGGCUGAUUCAGAGUUCAAAGGACCAGCAGGGCGGCGAGGCUGGCCCCGGGUCACAAAGGGGAUCAACCAGCAACAGCCUGAAGAGGAAGGGUUCCUGCAGUCUGGAGAACGGAGGCAGGACUCCUGGCAUAGGAGACACAGAAUCAGGAGACAAGCCAGGGGUCGGAGUGUGCCAGACAGAGGAGGAGGAGGAUGACAAUGGGAUUUUCAAUCCUGUGCGCAUACCAGGUAGCUGCUGUGCGCGGGUGAAGUGGCUGAUCAAGUGGCCUCUGGGCCUCCUGCUCUACUGCACUGUGCCUAACUGUAUUCAGCCACGAUGGCACCGCUGGUUCAUGGUCACCUUUGUGGCCUCCACCCUGUGGAUCGCCAUCUUCUCCUACCUCAUGGUGUGGAUGGUCACCAUCAUCAGCUUCACACUAGCCAUCCCAGACUACAUCAUGGGCAUAACCUUCCUGGCAGCAGGGACCAGCGUUCCGGACUGCAUGGCAAGUCUGAUUGUAGCUCGUCAAGGCAUGGGGGACAUGGCAGUGUCUAACUCCAUAGGCAGCAAUAUCUUUGACAUCCUUCUGGGUUUGGGUUUCCCCUGGGCUUUGCGUACCCUUGUGGUGGACUACGGAUCAUCAGUCUCCAUAAAUAAUAAAGGACUGGUGUAUUCUGUCGUCCUUCUGUUGGCAUCUGUGUUUCUGACGGUGACAAGUGUUCAUCUGAACCACUGGAAGCUAGAUCGCCGGCUGGGUCUGGGCCUGUUGUUUCUCUAUGCCAUCUUCCUGCUCUUCUCCAUCCUUUUUGGGCAGAUGUAAAGUCAAAUGUCAACCUUGUCAGACAACACGAGUACCUACCUUUCUACUACAAGUCCUCUUACCUGAAGCCAAAUUAGAGUGACAGUGUUGGUUGUGUUCCCUGUGAGAGUUCCUGUGCACCUCCUGUUGGACUCGCUAGGGUGAAAUUGUACAAAUGCAACUACACGAAUACACACUGAAAUCUUUUUUUAAAAGUACAAUUUUUUUCUCCUUUCUGAACAGUGCAGUGUAUGAAAACAGUCCUUACAUUAUCAUAUUGGCUGACUUAGCAGAAUCAUUACUAACAUGGCAAAUGGAAGCAACAGGCUUGUUGGGCCUUACAAUGUCUCUCAUUGACAAACCUGCAAUGAGAGACAAGAGCUGCAGAGUAAGGUCUGGCUCUUCUACACAUACAGUCCAGGAUAGGAGAAAUAAACUCUGGGUUGUUUUUUGCAUUUGAAACAAUCACAAUCAUCUUGGGUGGCAGUAAGCUCAGGUCGGAGAGACGGUGGUUCUGCAAAAUGGUCUCGGGAAGGAACUUGGUGAAACAUUUGCACCCUGCAAAAGAAAACGCCACAAACAAUAUUAAAUGAAGUUAACUGUUCACACAAUACAGCAACAUGAACUAUUUACUGUAAAUUAGCUAGAUGCAUGGUUGAACAUAAUUUGCACUUCUUUGUGCUUCUAUUUCAUCCAUAGCAAGUCCCACCAAUCUGUCCCAAAACAUCCUUGUUAGAGAGUAAAUGCCGUAAACAUAUUCUUUGUAAAUCUUUACAAUCGUUCCCCAAAAGAACCAAACAGGCUUGCCCUGUUGUACAAUCCAAAUAUGUCAUUUUUAACCUGUAGCUUGCUAUCUUGAAGUUUGUCGUUGUUUCCCGAAGAGAACAGGGUUAGACAUAUCCUGGAAAUGAAUGGCGUUGAUCCACACUAGGCCUUAUAAUGCAAUAUAAACCAGGAAAAGACAUCACCUAAAAAAACGGAACGCUCAAUAGUAUUUUGAUGAUAACUAGAUACCAUGCUGAUCUCAAAUUUCAGAUUCCACCCUCUAACAACUAUUACAAGUUAUUCCUGUUUUAUAUUUGAAUAUACAACAGUUAAUCUCAUGACCUGUUCAACUAAAAGCUAAAAGCUUCAGUUUUGAGAGAGUUCAUUCCUGCUAAAACUCAGCCCACACAGCCUACCAGCCGACAAACUAACACAUUAAAAACCUAAACUGCUUCUGCUUGGUAAUACAUUGUUGUAUUAGUGAUGGCAUAAUAAAUGAUGCCAUUACUAUUUCAUUACAUCAAGAAACCAUUAAAAGUUAAACUAUACAGUAAUUUAAAAAAACUGCUUCUUAUCACUGCAGCUCUUUUCAUCAUUCUUUAUUUAUAUUUUGAUGUCUGUUUUCUGAAAGCUGCAGCCCAGCAAAUUACUCACAGAAUUAAUUAGUUAGUUAAUUUCAUCAACACCACAGCAAUCACAAGUUAUUUUUAAUAUAUACUGUAUGUUCACACAUUGUCUCCCCGUCAUUUUCUGUUCCUAAUCCUAGUCACAUAGUUUGAGUCGAAUGUACACAAGUAGCAGUCGUGAUUUACAGUUGUGAUUUACAGUAAGGGCAAUUAGACUACCCAAAUAAGAUCCUUCUGGGCUACAGUACAGAGUAAACUGACUUUAUUUAAUCAGUCCGGGAUCAGGAUGCGAGACAAGAUGCUGAAAUCCAUAGUUGGCUGUGUGAAAAUGGAUAUUCUGUUCAUUUGAUGAAACUAAAAGUUACGUGAAGGAUUGAGAAAUGUGUGUAUAUAUAUAUACUGUAUUUGACAUGGUUUUAGUGGCUAUCUCAACUAUUUAAACAGCUGUAGGUUAAAAGGUUGAAUCAUAUUUUCUCUGCAGAUUUCUCAGAUGUUAACAAAUGGUACUUUAAUUAUCAUGCUUGGACCUAUUGUUCAAGAUAAAAAAAAAAAAACUCCUAGCAGAUUAAUAUAGUCUGUUGACCUUAGGUUUGAACAUCAUUGAAUGUUUUGAAUGUACAACCUAGCUGACUUUACCAUUAGUGUGGAAAUAUUUACAUGCUUUCAAAUGUAGCAGGUGGCACUGAAUUACAGCAAAAACCUCUGAACAGACAGUGACGUACUUUAGUCCUGCAAUAAAGGACACUGUGUAUGUGUCAGUAGACUUUUAGAAUAUAACCGUUGAUAUGAAAAUGCACACAGUUGUGACAAUAUUUUGCCUAACUACUAAUGAGCAAUUAUUGGUACAGCUUAGUGUACAUAAAGAGAUUAACCUAGUGAUACAGUAUUUUUAGAGGUAUUAUUACUAUGAAAUUUAAUAUAUAACUUUGAGUGUCACAAACCUUGAUGACUUUGAGUGCAGGUUAGUUGUAAUACUUCACGUUUAGGUACGACAAUUGAUGUUUGUAUCGUUUCUUGUACAUUUUAUGAGAUUAUUUCCUUUUGGUGGAACAUUUACACUUAGAUCAGGACAGAAGCAGCACAUUAAAUACUCACACAAAUUGUAUCUGUGUGUGUGCUAUGUCAAAUGAUGCUGCAUAUUCUAUAUUUGUAAUAAGCUGCUGCUCCUUUGUCCUUUAUAUUAAAAAAUGAGGAAAACAAUAAUUUGGACACAUUCAGAUAGUACGACAAAUUCAAGUAUAAAUGUUCUACCAAAGGGAUAUGGGCAAUUCUUUUUUUUUUUUCAAAAUGGCUGUAUAAUUAUUAUUAUUGUCUACUUGACAAUACUUUUUACUGUUUGUAAAUGUUAAAUAAUUGACAUAGUUUUACAAUAAUGAAUGUCUGAAAGAGACUAGUUUUGUGGUGUUUUUGAUAUUUAAAAGAAAUGCAUAAUGUCAGCCUACUUGUGAAUUAUUGUAAUGGGAUGAAUGCAUAUUUUGUCAGUUUGUUCAGUGAAAUAUUAAGGCUGUAAUGUCAGACUAGCACUCUUUGUUAUGAAAUUCAAUUUCAGUUGUGUCUUAAAAUCUUUUCACCACUAAUAUUUCUUUCAGUAUUGAUUCAUCAACACACACAACCUUAUUUCAUGCAAAAAUUAAAUCCCCGGUUUACAGAUUUAAAUUCAAUUUAAAAAAAUAAAUAAAUAAAUAAAAAAAAGUUAAAUGUUUAAAGAAUGGCUAGACUAGAAGAAAUACCACUAUAUUUAAUAAAUAGUCAUACCUUUUCCCGCAAAAUUCUCAUAAAACUAUUUUUUUUCAUCUUUUAUUUAUACUUUCUCUUUUAGCUACGGUUUAAAAGUGUAGCUACAUUAAAAAUAAAUUCAUAAUAUUCAAAAUGUGAUAAAUAUGCUACAAAUGCCCAUGUCCUAAACAUAAAAGCUACUCUUUAACACGCGUAGGUAACUGGUUACAAUGCCUACUGUCCAGAAAAUUAGUUCAUUAAUCAUUUGGUUAAUCAAAAGAAAAUGUAUCAACAACUCUUCUGUUAUCAAUUAAUUGUAUACAUUUUUGAUCUUGCGAAAAUGUCAAACAGUAGUUGCAGCUUCUCAAAUGUGAGAAUUUGCUGCUUUUGUCUUUGGGGCGGCUGACUGAUGAAUCAAUUGGAAAAGUAGUCAAUGGAUGAAUCGAUGAUGAAAGCAAUUGAUUUAGCAUUUUUUGUGUUUAUUGAAUUUACUGAUAUAUGUCUGUGCAUUCAUAUCCUCAUUAUAUUCAUUCUUGUUAAACAUCCUCAACCAUCUGUGUUUUUCCAGAAUAUGAUAUGCGGCAGUUUCUGAUGCUAAUGUGUUCAAUCUUUCAUACAGCUGUUGGAGUCUCCUCUGUAAACUCUUGUAUUCAAAUCUAGUAAUAAUCUCAAUACGCUUGUCAUGGCUACUGAGAGACACAAUAGCACCAAAGCAAAGCGUUGACCUCCAGUACUUAGUGUUUUUUCACAGCACUCAAAGAAUGUUCUCUUUAUUCUGCUGCGAUGUUGGAGGUAGAGGAUGUCUCUUAGAGGUAUUGGAUCACAGAAAACUUGUAUCUUGAGACCAAUAAAAAUGUGCAAUAA